AUGUUGCGCUCACCGUCGCGCUCGUCUAGCACGCCAGGCACCACCGCCUCCCCAAAGAAGCAUCGUCUUGGCAUGGCUGGUGUGGCGAACCUCUUCAUCCGCAUGCGCCGUCUGGAGGACAGAUCAAAGACGUCCUCGGCCAAGCGCAACCACAUCGUUGUCGACUCUGGCGAGCCGCAGACCCACCCGACCAUUGCCAACAAUGUCAAGGAGGAGCAGCAGAUUGCAGUGGAGUUCACUGAAAACUACGUCUGUGCGGGCGGCGUCAAUGUCGCCACACUUGUGAGGGCGACGAGGUCAGAGCUGCUUGGGCGCGUCGAAGGCCUUGGCGCAAAUACCCUCGCGGAUGAACAAUGGGCAUGUACAAUCUCUGGCCCCAAGCCUGCUCCUAAUGGGACAUAUAAGGUCCAGGUCCGCUAUACUGCCGCAGCCACCAAGUCAGUUGCACGAGAUCCCUGCAGACCAGUGGCGAUGGACAAAGCCAAGGGCAUCCCCGGGCUUAUGACGAUUGUCCGGCGAAACGACCACUGA